AAAGCAAUUAGAAAUUGUAAAAUAGGAUACAGAGGCAAGGCGCGAGCAAUUUAAGGAAAAAUAAUAAGGGUAACGCCGAGAAGAUGAUAUUGGGAAGGUACUGAAAUACAGCGAAAAUGUGGCUGUUAAGGAGAGUGCCUGCUCUUUCGCUGCGCUAUGCUCUAUCGCAAGGAAAGGCCCUUAAUACACAAACACGUGCACUUUCAUCUGUCAGCAAAGAUGAUUUGGAGGAAGAUGUUGAUAGAAAGACAGCCUGGUUGCUAAAAGCAUUUGCUGGAGCAACAGCAGUUUAUGUUGGAUGCCAAUUUCUCCCAUUAAUGGGGGAGAGCAUGAUUCAGCAGUCAGUGGCACUUCUAAGAGUCAAGGACCCCUUGUUCAAGAGGAUGGGAGCAUCAAGGCUGUCCCGUAUUGCGAUUGAUGAUGAAAGACGGAGAAAAAUUGUGGAAAUGGGUGGUGUCACUCAACUUAUAAACAUGUUGGAGACUGCUCCAGAUGAUCGUACGCGUCGAGAAGCUAUGAAAGCCCUAGCUUCUCUUUCACAAAGUGAUGUAGCAAUUAAUGCAUUGCAUCAGGCUGAGGCUCACUCCAUAAUCAAGUCCAUCACAGAAUCUGCUACAGAUGAAGACAUAUUAAAAUACAAAUCAAGUGUGUUGAACCGAUUGCAAAAGAUAGAUGCAGAGAAAGUAGCACAAAUAUGAACAAAGAAGUUCAAUGUGUACUGCAACAUAAAAAAAUAAUUUUGCUUUGGUUUGGUGGACAACUAUAUUUUAAGGUUUUUUAAGAGGUCGUUCGUCAUCAGGCCAUCAUACUCUGGUCUUCAGAAACUGAAAAACACCAUAAUUGCACUAUAUUCUUAAUGUAGAAUAUUUAAGAAAUUAUUUGGUAUGAUCCAGGAAGCGAUGAGUAAUCAAUCACAGAGCAUGUGUAUUGCAACAUCAAAAAGAAGUGUUUUUUGGUUUGGUGGACAAUUACAUUUUUACGGCUUUUUAAAAGGCCAUUGAUCAUUAUGCCAUUGUACUUUGGUCUUUCACAAACUGGAAAACAUCAUAAUUACACUAUGCUUUAUAUGGAGGAAAUUUAAGAA